CAACUGGCAGCAUAGCGAGGGUUGCCAAGACUGGAGGCUGCCUUGUGUUCCCUACUAGCCGCUCGGUCACACAUUCUCACUACUCAGUUGGCUGGUGGGUGAGUGCAGCUGGUUUUAGUUGUGUUGGAAGGAGCGAGGCUGCCUGAGGGACGAAGUGUGGGCACCUCGACGAGUAAUAGCUAUGAAAAAGUGAAGAAAGGUGGAACACCUGAAGCAGUCAAAGGGUUAUCAUAGCAGGGACGGCUGGGUCACCUCUCAAGUCUCAACAAUCCACAGUGUGUGUGGCACCAUGAGUCGCAGAGUGUUGCAAGGAGUGCUUUCCUCAGCCAGGCUCUGGGCCAAGGGGAGACAGAAUGCAGUGGGUCUGACAGCACUGGCCUCGCAACGCCCCACCUCUGCCUUGACUGCACUCUCCUCACGCACUCUCACCACCUCCCAUGCCUGGCACAACUCCCACCCAACACCUGCACCCUCCCACACCCAUCACAAUGCUGCUGGUGUCAGGACAGCAGAUGCAAGGAAAGAGAUGGUGGAAAUCACUUUUACUGAUGGAAGCAGCAGUUUUUUCCCAUAUUGCUGGCUGAGAGACAAUUGUCAGUGCCCACAGUGCUUUGAUUCUGACGCACUCUGCCGCAAGCUGACUCUUGAGGACUGGCAACACAGUGACUGCCCCACGAGUGUUCAGGUGGAGGAAGAUGGGAGACAUGUGGAGGUGCAGUGGGCCAGUGGACACAGAAGCUGCUUUGAGGCUCAUUGGUUGCAGCAACACGCCUUCACAUCCUCUGCCAGAGACUCUCAGAGAAGCUUUUUGGCCCUAAAAAAGGACUUGUGGAGUACAGAGAUGGAGCUGCCAAGGAUGGACUACAAUGGAGUGAUGCAUGGAGACAAAGAACUCCUGGACUUCCUUGUAACUCUAGAGAAGAAGGGUGUGGUCGUCCUAACCGAUGCUCCCAGGGAACCUGAGGCUGUGCUAACCAUCAUCAAGAGUAUUGGAUAUGUGAAGCCCACACACUAUGGGACCAACUACCCCAUUCGGAGCAAAGCGAGUGCCAGCAGCCUUGCCUACACAGACCAGCGCCUGGGCAUGCAUAAUGACCUGCCUUACUUCCAAUAUGUGCCUGGGAUCAUCUUCCUGCACUGCAUCACACAGUUUGAGGGCAAGGGUGGGGAGAAUGACCUGGCAGAUGGGUUCCAUGUGGCCGACUACCUCAAGCAGUUUCAUCCCAAGGAGUACCACAUCUUAACCAACACUCCUGUCUAUUUCUGGGACAAGGGAGUGGCACAGGUUAAGCAGGAGACCACUGAGUACCACAAGAUUGUCAACAUUCCCAUCAUUGUAGAGGAUCGGCUCAGCGGUGAUGUGAUCCGAGUCAACAACUCCCAGCUGAGGAACUCCUACCUUGACCUGCCCCCAGAACAGGUCACUCCCUGGUAUGCUGCACUGAGGCUCUUCAACCAGACCAUUGACCAGCAAUCCAUAAGGAAUAAGCUUAAUAGUGGUGAGAUGCUGGUAAUGGACAACACUCGCCUGAUGCAUGGACGCACUGGCUAUGACAGUGCCCUGGGAGAGCGCCACAUGAACCAGGCCUACCUGGACUGGGAUGGGGCACUCUCCAGACGCAGAGUCCUUCAGGAGAAACUUGGAGUGACAUUGGAGUAGUGGAAGCUGUAUGUGUGACUGACAAUAGUGCUUGAGUGACUAUCUUACUGCAGGGAGAUAUGGUGCUUUAGACUUACUAUUUAUACUAUUCAUACAUGGUGGCAAUAGCAGUACUGACUUACUUGAGGACAUUGCCUUAUUGUUGUGAGGUGUGACAGUUUGAAGUUUAUGUUUAUGAUUACUUUCUCUGUGUGUAGUGCAAUAUGAUUAUUAUAUCCUCUGUGUAUGGUGCAGGAGUUGCUGGUGAAGUCUUUCUGAUUUAAAGUAUACAGCACCAGUUGGCAAAUGUUCAGGGAUAAGAGUAUGUCAAAAUGUCUUUAUUGUCUUAGUCUUACCUGUCUGUUUUGAAAAGGGAGAAAACAUUCAAAAGAAAAGAAUAAGAAUGCAAUAGAAAGAUAAGAUUAUGGCUUCUAUGUCAUGAGAACACUUAGUUGGUCUUUGCAGGAGUCUGCUGUCUUUGCAGUCUGCUGAGUUAGAGGGAAAUCUGACCAGUCACAACCUUCAACUUGUAUUGUAUGAUCAAUAUUUAUUUUUAUCA